CAUUUUCUACACCCAAAGUAUUCAUUCCCUUGCGUUCCUCUUCCAAAACCUUAUCAGCAUCAUCGUCUCCUUAAAAAAUAAGCUCCAACGAUAUGAAGACUCCAAUGCUCGCAACACUUCUUUCGUUCACUCAACUUCUUCUCAUCACCAUCCUCCCCUUCGCAUCAGCCGACCACAUUGACGACACAUGCAAGAGUACGCCGUACGCCGACUUCUGCAUCUCGUCUCUCAGGUCUGACCCCCGGAGUUCCACUGCGGACACCCCUACCCUAGGCAUAAUCAUGGUCGACAAGGUCGACACGAAUGCCAAGUCAACUUUGAUCAAAAUCAAGGACUUGCUCGGCAAAUCCCCAGACCCAAGGAUGAAGAAAGCGCUGACCUAUUGCAAGGAGGUAUACGAAGUUACCAUAAGUGCAAGUGUGCCCUCGAGCAAGGAAAGUUUGACAAAAGGCGACUACAAGUUCGCCGUGGACUACAUGAGGGACGCGGCGAGUGAAGCAUCCAAUUGCGAGGCAAGUCACCAUUAGCGGACUCGAACGAUUAUGAGAACAAGGCAGCCUCGGUGGCUUCCGCCAUUGCUGCGGUGGCUUAACUUUUAUGAGCACUGAUGAUCACUGAGAUGACUUAUUAGAUUAAUAAAGGUCGAAGAAAAAAUGUUUAGCUCGAAAGCAAAAUGAAAACUGG